AUGGAAAUGUCUUUAAUGAUUGAUUGCAAAUUUGAAUAUGCGAAUACAACUUGUUUACCUUUCAUUAAUGUUAUUACUUCAAACAUUAGGAAUUGUCAAGUAGCCUGUUUAACUCAAAGUCAAUGCAUAGCAGCCACUUAUCAUCGAUCAACUUCUGAUUGUGAAUUAUUUGAUAAUAUGUUGAAUCAAAACGGAACUAUGUUGGCUGAUGUCGAUGCUACUAGUAUGAAUGCUAUCAACGGAACACGAUUUCCACCAGAAGCGACUACGACAUCAACAACAACAUCAUCAACAUCGACAACAACAACAACAACAGCAAUACCAAAAUGGGCACCCACAGGCAACAUGAGUGUCGCACGAGAAUAUCACACAGCGUCCACAUUAGCAAAUGGAUUAGUAUUAGUUGUUGGUGGAUCAGACCCUGGUUAUCUUAAUAGUGCUGAAUUGUAUAAUCCAUCAACAGGCAUUUGGACAACGACAGGAAGCAUGAAUGUUGCACGAGGAUAUCAUACAGCAUCUAUAUUAGCAAAUGGAUCAGUAUUAGUUGUUGGUGGCAGCAGCAUCGGUGGUUAUCUCAAUACUGCUGAAUUGUAUAAUCCAUAA